AUGGCCGCCGCCGUCCCCACCGCUCCAGCCCGCUUCUUCCUCCUCCAGUCCGCCCCGUCCCCGAACCCUAGCAGCGCGGCGGCCGCCGCUGAAGCCCAACCCGUCCGCGUACCGCCCCUCCGCCUCUCGCUAUCCCGACGCAUGGCUGGGCGCCCGCUGGCAGUGAUCGCGGGCGCCUCCGGCGGCUCCGAACGGGACCUCAGCGCCUCUGCGGUCUCCGUGGAGGCCCUGGACUCAGUCGCCUCUGAUUCUGAGUUGGAGGCGAAGGAGCCGAGCGUGGCGACGAUGCUGACGAGCUUCGAGAACUCGUUCGACAAGUAUGAGGCUCUGAGCACACCGCUGUACCAGACAGCCACCUUUAAGCAGCCUUCAGCUACAGAUUAUGGACCUUAUGAUUAUACUAGAAGUGGUAACCCCACUCGUGAUGUUCUCCAGAGCCUUAUGGCUAAGCUUGAGAAGGCAGAUCAAGCAUUCUGCUUCACCAGUGGGAUGGCAGCAUUAGCUGCAGUAACACACCUCCUUAAGGCUGGACAAGAAAUUGUUGCUGGUGAGGACAUAUAUGGUGGCUCUGAUCGUCUGCUCUCGCAAGUUGUGCCUAGAAAUGGAAUAGUUGUAAAACGAGUAGAUACAACAAAAAUUAGUGAUGUGGUGUCUGCAAUUGGACCCUCCACUAGACUAGUUUGGCUUGAAAGUCCCACAAACCCUCGUCAGCAAAUUACUGACAUUAAGACAAUCUCAGAGAUAGCACAUUCUCAUGGUGCUCUUGUUUUGGUAGACAACAGCAUCAUGUCUCCAGUGCUCUCCCGUCCUAUAGAACUGGGAGCUGAUAUCGUGAUGCACUCAGCUACCAAAUUUAUAGCUGGACAUAGUGAUCUUAUGGCUGGAAUUCUUGCAGUAAAGGGUGAAAGCUUGGCUAAAGAGAUAGCGUUUCUGCAAAAUGCUGAAGGAUCAGGUUUGGCACCUUUUGACUGCUGGCUUUGCUUGAGGGGAAUCAAAACCAUGGCUUUGCGGGUGGAGAAACAACAGGCUAAUGCCCAGAAGAUUGCUGAAUUCCUAGCGUCUCACCCGAGGGUCAAGCAAGUGAACUACGCUGGGCUUCCUGACCAUCCUGGACGGGCUUUACACUAUUCUCAGGCAAAGGGAGCGGGCUCUGUUCUCAGUUUCCUCACCGGCUCACUGGCUCUCUCAAAGCACGUCGUCGAGACCACCAGGCACUUCAGCGUAACAGUCAGCUUCGGGAGCGUGAAGUCCCUCAUCAGCCUGCCGUGCUUCAUGUCCCACGCAGCAAUCCCUGCGGUGGUCCGCGAGGAGCGCGGCCUGACGGAUGACCUCGUCCGGAUAUCGGUCGGCAUCGAGGACGUCGAGGACCUCAUCGCUGAUCUGGACCGCGCGCUCAAAACCGGGCCGGCAUAG